CCUAUUCUUUGUCUAUUUACAAUAACGUGUUUUGUUCUAUUAUCACCAUAACACCAUGCCUCUCCUACUACACUUUUCAGUUUGUAUAAAUGUCUCCCUUUUAUUUCCCUCUUCCAAUGAUGGUUCCACUGAUUGAUUAUAUUGCGCAGUUCAGAUAAGCAGUCCGUAUUCACGGAGCGCAGCUACGCAGCGCUGCGUAAGACGUUCAGAAUUUGGCGCGAGGUAUUUACAUGGCUGAGGGGUGUACUCGUAGUUUGAUUUGGACACUAACUGAGCCCCUCUGUCUGUUCUGAAGACAACCCGUCGUCAAUACUGGAUUAUGAUCAAAUUUAUUCCAUAUGUGUCAGAGCUCACUAUCUUCAAAGAAAGGAGCUGAAAAAGUCCUGACAUGAUGUCAGUGGCAGUGGAAACUCCAGUGUCCAGGGUGCCUCUCCCUCUUCCAAUCCAUUUUUCCCACGCGGAGCAGUCCUUCUCCCUCAAAAAGCGGCGUGUCCCUUUUUCCUCGUCAUCUCCAUCCAACUCAUCCUACUCGUCCCCUUCCCGGCUCUCACAUUCUCUGCCCCCACUGCCUCCUUCAAAGGGAUGUCCCCCUCUGAGCAGGCUGUUCCCCCAGCAUCAAACACCCUGGACACCCCUGUCUCGUUCCCUUAGCAAGUCGGCCCCUCCAAAUUCUGUAUAUGAUCCCAGCAAACAGCAGUCGUAUUUUAGUCAAUGCUACACUAAUUUGGGCCUGUUGGGAAGAGGAUCCUUCGGAGAGGUCUACAAGGUGCAAAGCCACUUGGACGGCCGCCAGUAUGCAGUCAAGCGCUCUGCUCACCGUUUCAGGGGCAACAGUGAGAGGAACCGUAGUGUAAGGGAAGCCAGGAACCACGAGCGCCUUUGUCCUCACCCUCACAUCCUGAAUUUUGAGGCAGCCUGGGAGGAGUGUGGCCGACUGUACAUCCAGACAGAGCUGUGUAGCACCAGUUUGCUGCUCCACGCUGAGAACCAGCCUCCUGGCCCAGAUGAGCCUGCAGCCUGGGCCUACCUGUGCGACCUCCUCUCAGCACUGCAACACUUGCACUCUCACGGUUUUGUGCAUCUGGACCUGAAGCCUGCCAAUGUCCUUAUUACCGACUCUGGCCGUCUCAAGCUGGGGGACUUCGGGCUGCUGUACGAGCUCAAACAGAAGAGUGCAGAGUCUGUGGAGGGUAAAGUAAAAGACGACGUCCAGGAGGGAGAUCCCAGAUACAUGGCCCCCGAGCUGCUCCGUGGGGAGUAUGGUCCUGCUGCAGAUGUCUUCAGUUUGGGCGUUUCUAUUCUGGAGCUUGCCUGUAAUAUGGAGGUUCCAAAUGGUGGAGAGGGUUGGCAACAGCUCAGACAAGGCGGCCUUCCUUCAGAGUUCACCAGUGGCCUGUCAGUUGAGCUUCAGUCAGUGCUGUGGAUGAUGCUGGCCCCCGAACCGUCUGAGAGGCCGACAGUCUCUGAGCUUCUUUCUCUCCCCUCUGUUAGGAAACACAGGUGGAAGAGGCGCAUCUAUCUCAUGGUCACAGAGGCAACGCUGACAUUAAUCUCCCUCUGUCAGUUGGUCAUGUGCUUUGGGUGUAAGCUCCUGUCCUCCCUUCACUUGUCCUUUAUUCCUCACUGGACCAAGCCAGCGCCCUGCACUCCUCCUAAAGGUAGCUGGGACCAGGACUUAACACUGCCCCUCAGUGCCAUGCAUGCUGACUCGGGGAGUCCAGAGGAUGAUGCAGUGUUUCUGUUGGAUCCCACAGAACCAGAGCUUUCCCCCACCUUCUCACACAGGGUCAGGUCUAGACUGUCUGUGGGAAGCACAUCCACUCCCCUCCCAGGAUCCCCGAGAAUCGAUCACAGAAGUCCUGCCCACACACCCACUCACUCAAAACUGUGUGAUUGGUCCUCCACUCAUUUAGCGCAGACCCCCUCCAGCAUCCACUCAAACGGUUCCUGCCACACACUGACUCCCAGUGUGAGCCCCAUACACGCAGGGCUUUAUGCAGACAUCAUGAAUGAAAACUCCACGGAGAGCCCACAUUCUUUAUCCUCCAGGUCCUCUCAGCAACGUGGUCGCAGCUGGGUCCGAGCAGAAGAGGCUUUCCCCAAACCCAACCUUGAACCAAAGAACCUGCUCAGCCUGUUUGAGGAUACAGCUGUUGAGGAACAGCUGUGAGCAUCACACUGCCAGAUUACAUUCAGGGGGAAAGGAGUUAUCACUUUAAAAUGUCGGGUAAAGAGAAACUCAUAUAUGAAUGUACUUAGUUUGCGUAAAAUGUUGUUGCCAUUUUUUUUCUUCUUAUAACAUAUGUUUUUGAAAACAAAUAUCUAGGGAAGAGGGAUGGAUAUGUAAUCAGACCUUAAAGCACUUUUUAUGUUUGUGUAAAUGCAAUCUGUUGCUGGAAUGACAAGUCAUGAUGUGUUGUUAAAUAAGUUAUCAUUAGCUUUGUGUACUCUGAGUCUUUUACCUCAUGAGCUACAGAGGAAAAUAAAACAAAGAGGGAAACUAA